ACUAUAAAAAACGGAGCCACUGUCACCGCAGCGCGCCACAGCCAUACCACACAGGGCAAUACCCCGCGAAGGGAAGAAGACCAGCGAGCUGCUGUCCACUGAUUUCUCCUUCCCCAUCUCACUAUAUCAAACUCACUCCACAAUGCCUGUGAAUCAGAAAUUUCAAGGAGGGAAAGCCUUUGGAUUACUCAAAGCUCAACAAAGGGAGAGAUGCGAGGAAAUAAACAAGGAGUACAUGGAAGACCAGAAAUACCGGGAUGAGGAGGACCUCCCAGAAAAACUAGAUUCCUUUAAAAACAAAUAUGCAGAGUUUGACCUGAAUGACCAAGGAGAGAUCGAUAUGAUGGGGAUGAAGAGGAUGAUGGAGAAGCUGGGCGUUCCGAAGACCCACCUGGAGAUGAAGAAGAUGAUCUCCGAGGUGACCGAAGGCAUCAGCGACAGCAUCAACUACAGAGACUUUGUCAAGAUGAUGCUGGGCAAGCGCUCGGCCGUCCUCAAACUGGUGAUGAUCUUCGAGGACAAGGCUAAUGGGGCCAGCUGUAAGCCUGACGGGCCUCCACCCAAACGGGACAUAACCAGCCUGCCAUAGACCCAGGACAUCCAGAGCCUCUAGACUACAGAGGGGUCAUAGGGACCCGACCUCGACCAUUUCACCAUCCUAGGCCCCUGCACUCAGCCAGGGACUUGUGUACAUAGCCUUAUCAACUCCCCACCUCAGGACGCACACGCGUCCCAGAAGGGGGGGGGGUGUGUGUGUAUCCUCCUCUGUUCAAAACAUGUGGGAAAAAAGAGGGAGGAGCAAUCUCUUAACUAUAUAUAUUUGUUGUGAAGACGUUAAGGCAGAUUAGCUUUUUUUUAUGACCAGUACAUACCUGUAUAUAUUUAUAAUGAUUAUGGAGAUGAGAAAUAAGUAUUUUUAAUUAGCGUGAUCACUUGUAACCCCUGGCGAUAACUGUGGAAUUGAGUCAUUUUGUGAAUAUGAGCAAAUUGUUGUUGUGUUUGCUGGGGAUCAAACUAACAGAGGUGACUGUUUUGUAUGUAUGUGUUAAUGAGAAGAUUGUGUGUCAACAACUCACAUGUUCUACAGCAAUCUGUGUAUGGAUACUAGUGAAUUUAUCAUUAGACCUGUUUUAUCAUGAUUUCAAUGUGGCGUUUAACCAUUUGACACCACCACCACCACCAAAUGUUCUAGUUUCUCUUUCAGAUAUUAUAUUUUUAAUCGUGUUAAAGUAGCAUGCUGGUGAUGUUAAAGCACACGUAAUAAUAAGAGCACAGUUAUUUUUAACACCUUUACACACAGUUGUCAACAUCGUCCCGCAUGUUGGAUUAGUGCCAUGCAGACUCUGCUUGGUCAUCGUCUCACUAGGUCAGGUUUGAGAGAUUAUGGUCCAACCCCAUUCUUUCAGACUAGAGAUGGGUUACUGUAGUUGGGAUUAGGAUUAGGAAGGGGGUCGGGGGGCAUUAGGUCAGAGUAUGAUAUGACUCUAGAUCCGGUGUUGUAGAUCGACACUGACUUUCUCAACCUAAAGGUGCGGGGUGCGUGAGUUGACUUUAGGAUUCAGGAAAGAUUGGUUUUACGGUACGUGCACACACUGAAGAUUCUCAGCCUGUUAGUAUGAAUUAUGAUUAAAUCACAUUCUUUCCAAGUGCCUAAAGUAGCAUGUGGAUGGAAGUCAGAGAGAAGAGUAGAGGAUGGUGGAGGAGGUUUAGAGUUGGUCUUUAUUCUCCCUCCUGAACCAGACCAUUAAGUUGUGUUGUAUGUUAUUGGAAGAUGGUUUUAAAGGUGUUUAUUCAUGUGUAUAUUAGGGUAAGGCGUUUCUUGUUUGGUAGUGUACCCCUAGGUCUAGGCUAUCAGAUACUGCAUUGAUACUGGAGAUCUGAAUAUAUCUAUGAAGUGAUAUUAGAUACGCAGCUCAUGCCAGUGUCCCACAUUUCCCGGCCUGACUAUCCUAGUCUCCAUAGUGGCACCUCUUGACUUCCGAAUUUCUAUCCCGUCUUUGUAAAAUGUGAUGUACCUGUCCCAUUUCAAAUGGUAUUAUCUCCAAUCUUGCUAUGUUUUGCUAUUAUCUUGUUCUUUAAAAAAUAUAUAUUUUCAUCUCGUCUUAUUCUGUACUUCUUCCUCUUCUUACUUCUCAGUCAUGCCCCAUCUCAGGCCGGGUUCAUUUGUUUGUCACGUAAAUUCUCUAAUCUGUGCCUCAGCGCUGCUUUUCUAUCUUUCGUUUUUUUCUCGAACUCACACUUAACAUGGAAUAUAAUAGUAACCGUAAUAUUUUAAUUCAUUAGCUUUACAUUUUUUUAAUGGAACGUCAGUUAUGCAUUUUCAUUCCCAGUGUGUUGGGUAGAGGUCUUUUUAGUGGUAUUUUCAUUUAACCACCCGGACAAUGCACAUUUUUGUUUUGCAAACACCAAAGGAAUUAAAGUUAUUUCUGUUACACCGGCA